GUCUGCGCCGCUCGCGCGGCGUAAGGAUUGUGGCGGAGAUAGAGGAUGGUGGCGCAGGUAGCGUCGCGCAGGCGCGCUGCUGGGUGAAACGACGGAGGCAGGGGGGUGAGUGAGAGAGGAGGUGUUUGCUCGAGCCCUAGACAGCUGGAGGGGAUAAACAGAGGAGGGGGCCGGGGAGGGCUCGGGUCCCAGCCAGGCCGGGGCUGCGAAGCCUGGCGAGCGGCGCAGGCUGCCUCGCAGCCACUCGUCUCCUGGAGGGGCCCCUGCUCUGGCACGGGGGCCGGGCCGCCUCCCUGCAUGGAAGUUCAAGGGCUUCGUCCACUCGCUGCUGCGGCUUCUGAGCCUGCUCUGAGGAGGCCUGACAGGUAAUUUCAAUGCCUUCUCUAUGGACAUGAACUCUACUGGAAUGCUUGGAUGCACAGCAACACCUCCACUGGCUUGCGUUUGUCAGCCCUAUUGUGAGAAGAUGGCAAAAGCAAAUAUUACUAGAGACCUCAUCCACAGGCAGCUCAAGGAGAAGGGUGCCCUUAGCUUUGAACGACACUAUCAUGUCACCGACCCAUUCAUUCAGCGCCUGGGCUUGGAGGCAGAACUGCAGGGUCACACUGGCUGUGUCAACUGUCUUGAAUGGAAUGAAAAGGGAACCUUGUUGGCUUCUGGCUCGGAUGACCAGCACACAAUUGUGUGGGAUCCCCUACACCACAAAAAGCUCCUUUCAAUGCACACAGGGCAUACGGCAAACAUAUUCUCUGUCAAGUUCUUACCACAUGCAGAAGACCGGAUACUCAUUACUGGGGCUGCAGAUUCCAAGGUGCAUGUCCAUGACUUGACGGUUAAGGAAACCAUCCAUAUGUUUGGGGAUCACAAAAACCGGGUCAAGCGGAUUGCCACAGCUCCCAUGUGGCCCAAUACCUUCUGGAGUGCAGCAGAAGAUGGGCUGAUCAGACAGUAUGACCUGCGAGAGAACAGCAAGCACUCAGAAGUCCUGAUUGAUCUGACGGAAUAUUGUGGGCAGCUUGUGGAGGCCAAGUGUCUCACUGUCAACCCCCAGGACAACAACUACCUAGCAGUGGGAGCCAGUGGACCCUUUGUACGGAUCUAUGACAUACGCAUGAUCCACAACCACAGAAAAAGCAUGAAACAGAAUCCCACAGCUGGAGUCCAUACAUUUUGUGAUCGGCAGAAGCCCCUCCCAGAUGGUGCAGCGCAGUACUACGUAGCAGGACAUCUUCCAGUAAAAUUACCAGACUACAAUAACCGGCUGAGAGUUCUGGUAGCUACAUAUGUCACCUUCAGUCCUGAUGGCACUGAGCUGUUGGUCAACAUGGGGGGAGAGCAGGUUUACUUAUUUGACCUGACUUACAAGCAGCGGCCAUAUACUUUUCUCCUGCCAAAGAAAUGCCACUCCUCGGGAGAGGUGCAGAAUGGGAAGACAUCCACCAAUGGCGUGUCAAAUGGCAUCCAUCUCCACAGCAAUGGCUUCAGGUUGUCCGAGGGCCGAGCGCACAUCAGCCCACAGGUGGAGCUUCCUCCAUACCUGGAGAAAAUCAAGCUGCAAGCCAACGAGGCUUUUGCUUGCCAGCAGUGGACUCAAGCCAUCCAGCUUUACAGCAAAGCUGUCCAGAAGGCCCCCAGCAACGCCAUGCUGUACGGAAACAGAGCUGCUGCCUACAUGAAGCGCAAGUGGGAUGGGGAUCACUAUGACGCCCUGAGAGACUGCCUGAAGGCCAUCUCCCUGAACCCCUGUCACCUGAAGGCUCACUUCCGCCUGGCUCGCUGCCUCUUUGAGUUGAAGUAUGUCGCAGAAGCCCUGGAGUGUCUGGAUGACUUCAAAGGAAAGUUCCCCGAGCAAGCGCACAGCAGUGCUUGCGAUGCCUUGGACCGGGACAUCAACACAGCCCUUUUCUCGAAAAGCGAUAAUGCGGAGGACAAGAAAGGGAGCGGCCCCAUCUGGCUGCGAGCCAACGGACGCAAAGAUUCCAUCUCGGAAGAUGAGAUGGUGCUGCGAGAGCGCAGCUAUGACUACAAGUUCCGAUACUGCGGCCACUGCAACACGACCACAGACAUCAAGGAGGCAAACUUCUUUGGCAGCAAUGCGCAGUACAUUGUCAGUGGCUCCGACGACGGCUCCUUCUUCAUCUGGGAGAAGGAGACGACCAAUCUAGUGCGGGUGCUGCAGGGUGACGAGUCGAUCGUUAACUGCCUCCAGCCCCACCCGAGUUACUGCUUCCUGGCCACCAGUGGCAUCGACCCCGUUGUACGGCUGUGGAACCCCAGGCCGGAGGGCGAAGCACUGAACGGGCGCGUGGUGGAAGACAUGGAAGGCGCCUCCCAGGCCAACCAGAGGCGGAUGAAUGCCGACCCAUUGGAGGUGAUGCUGUUGAACAUGGGCUACCGGAUCACAGGACUGACCGGUAGUGGGGCCGGAGGCUCGGAUGACGAAGACAGCUCCGAGGGGCAAGUCCACUGCCGGACCAGCUAAAGCUGAAUUGCUUCUCCUUCCCGUAAUUGUUCUUUUUGUUUUGUUUGAAGGGAAAUCUAGUCUGCUCAGUUUGAACUCUGACGAACGACUGCACUGUUUCACACUAUGCACAGAGUAGGACACGCCAGCGGGGGCAGGAGUGGCUUUGUUGUUAAACUGCUGCUACCAUUUCUUCCCCCCUCCCUCACCUUCUCUCCCUUCCACUGUUGAGCAGCAUGGUAACGCAGCCCGCUGGAUUUUGCCUCUAGCAGACUUUAGUCUGUGCAAGGAUUUCUCUCUUGCGUUGUCUGUGAGCAGUGUAAAGCUGGUAACCAUUCCCUCCUCCGGUGCUGCUGCAUGGCCUGGAAGACACGGGGGGACAAUUACCUACAUGAAUGCGUUUUUUUGCAGAGAGGAUGUUUAAAAACUCAAUAAAAUAUAAACUAGG